AUCAUAUUCUCAGUCUUCCGCAGCCACAGCAAUUGCAACUUUGGGACUGUAGGCUCCUGAAGCUCAAUUGUUGCAUUCGGGCGAUCCAUCUCUUGUCCCGCCGCCACGCAGGUGUGCAGAGUGGGACGAUGAUGACGCCAGGAUGGUUGCGGGAGAAGUUUUGCUUGAUUCUGAAGGCUUUUAUGGUCCAUAUUCGACCCAUGAACUCGGGGUAAACUCAACCAUCGGUUUUCAGGACAGGAAAGAGGGUUCCAAACGCCAGGCACAAGGACCAUAUGCCUGCGAGAUAUGCAAUAACAAGUUUUACGACAAGCAGCACGAGCUUAAGCAUAUGAAAAAGCAUAUCAAGCCGUUGGCGUGCAAGUCGGAAGGUUGUGAACAUCGAUUCGCCGAACAGAGGGACUUGGGUCGACACGAACAGGUUUAUCAUUCUUCCCAAAAACACCUGUUCAAGUGUGAUGAGUGUCUCAAGGAUUUCACAAGAUCGGACAAUUUAACGCGCCAUCAGAAGAAGCCAUGUAAACGCUAAGUGCUUCAAGAUGGGGGUGAUGUAAAUUCGGCAAGUCGAAGUACACCGCAUCUGUCAAGAUUAUAGUCGCCGCUCUGCAAUGAGCAUGCUACAAACUCGACAUCAAGCAUGUCACGGCUCACGAGCUAUUAGCCCAACG